AUGAUCGAGAUGGACUCCUCCUUGGACAACACGACCCUUUCCACCAUAUCUCUCCUGGAAUCGCGUCUGCUUCGCAUCGAGCACCUACUGUAUGGCCCGACCGCUGCCCCGACGUCCCAGCACACCGACUCCGCCGUCGAUGGCUUGGAUGAUAUCGAGAGGCGAUUCAACCACCUCCUCUCUCACAUCCGUGUCUAUGGCGAACUCAUGAAGAUCUACAACUCCCAUCCGACCCUCUUCCAACCCCCACCGCCGUCCGAGCCUCCCAUUCAACUCGGUCCCGAAGCAGUCCAGGCCACCGUCCUCGCAUCCGCCGCCUCUUUCCCGUCCACGGCCUCGUCCCUGACCUCCGUCAACGACUGUCCCAUCCCGGAGCCUUCGCAGAGCGCCGCCCUCGCCUCUCUCGUCCCGAGGAUGCGCGGCAUCGAAGCCACCCAGAUCGCCCAAGAAGCCGAAAUGGCCGAACUCCGCGCACGUAGCGAAGAGGUUCUGAAGAGCUGGUAUCAACAAGGCGUUCUGGGCGUUUCCGAGUUCGUCGCCGAUGUGGAGGGCCGCGUUGAGCGAGUAGAGCGCCGGGUGCGAAGAGCGGAGCGGGAAAAGGAAGAAGCGACAGCCAUUUGA